UAUUUAGAGGGGAAGGGUGUCCCUUCUGGCUCACCAUAGAAAAUCUUGCAAAGCCAGACUGAGGCUGCAGGCUGAGACUCACUGGAGAGGAAGGAAAAUAAGGUUGCACCUAAUUCAUCUCCAAUAUGAAGUUUCUGAGUGUGUCUUGCUUUGGAUUUAUCUGUCUGACUUUGGCCCAUGUGCUCUACCUUCCAGUCACUGGCUAUCCUCUGACUACACCUCCAGGAGGUGACACCUCUUUACCUGCAGAUUACGGUUUGGACUGGAUGCAUGGAACUGAGGGAAAUAAUCCUUAUGGCUUCACUUGCCCUGAAGGAUGGACAAUGCACAGCACUCAGUGUCUCCUUUUUGUUCCUGAAAAAAUGACCUGGGAAGAGGCCAAGAAAAACUGUGACUCCAAAGGGUACGAUUCAUUCGCUGCUGUGUAUAGUGACACUCAAGCUGAUGAGAUCCGUCAGGAGAUGAAAAAUGCCGGCCAUCGUGAUGGACACGUGUGGGUUGGAGGCAGCAAAGCAUCAGGGGAUUCUUCUUGGUCCUGGGGGGAUUAUUCUGUCUUUGAUGGCUUUGCUAAGUUCUGCCGUGGAGAAUCGGCCCACCAUGAGAACAACUGUUUGCAGAUCAGUUUUGAUGGGAGCGGCUCAGGAUGUCUGGAUGACCAGCAGUGUGACGUGAAGCUCCCGUCCGUCUGUGGGAUCAUCCUCUAUUAGUCUGGAAAGAACAGCGAAUCCUCAGCAGACACAGGCUAAUGUGGCCAUUACUGUGUUAUUUCUGGGUUUUUCUUCUGCUCUGUUGCUUUAAUGUAACCAAAACAAUAACCCAAUCGCUUACUAAAAUAAAAGUUUGAUUUUGAUUCUAGUGCAA